CGCACCACCUGCCCCGGAAGCGGUCGGCGCGCGCGGCGCGGCUAGGCGCUAAGAUGGCGGCGGCGUGAGUUGCAUGUUGUGUGAGGAUCCCGGGGCCGCCGCUAGCUCGGGCCCCGCCAUGGCCGUCACCAUCACGCUCAAAACGCUGCAGCAGCAGACCUUCAAGAUCCGCAUGGAGCUUGACGAGACGGUGAAGGUGCUGAAGGAGAAGAUAGAAGCUGAGAAGGGACGCGAUGCCUUCCCCGUGGCUGGCCAGAAGCUCAUCUAUGCCGGCAAGAUCCUGAGCGACGACGUGCCCAUUCGGGACUACCGCAUCGAUGAGAAGAACUUCGUGGUUGUCAUGGUGACCAAGGCCAAAACGAGCCCCAGCACGUCCGUCCCCACGGAGACCUCCCCGACCGCUGCCCCCGAGUCCUCUGCUGCCUUCCCUCUGGCCCCUGCCCCCGGCAUGUCUCAGCCCCCACCGGCCACCAGGGAGGACCAGAGCCCUUCGGAGGAGUCAGUCCCUGCCACGUCUCCGGAGUCCAUGUCGGGCUCUGUUCCCUCUUCAGGUGGUAGCGGGCGAGAGGAAGAUGCGGCAUCCACGCUAGUGACAGGCUCGGAGUAUGAGACGAUGCUGGCGGAGAUCAUGUCAAUGGGCUAUGAGCGGGAGCGCGUGGUGGCCGCCCUCAGGGCCAGCUACAACAACCCGCACCGGGCCGUGGAGUACCUGCUCACGGGAAUCCCUGGGAGUCCCGAGCCAGAAGCCGGAUCUGUCCAGGAGAGCCAGGUGUCGGAGCCGCCGGCCACCGAAGCCGCAGGAGAGAAUCCCCUGGAGUUCCUGCGGGAUCAGCCCCAGUUCCAGAACAUGCGGCAGGUCAUCCAACAGAGCCCAGCACUGCUGCCUGCCCUGCUCCAGCAGCUGGGCCAGGAGAACCCACAGCUCCUGCAGCAAAUCAGCCGGCACCAGGAACAGUUCAUCCAGAUGCUGAAUGAACCCCCGGGGGAGCUGGCCGACCUCUCAGAUGUGGAGGGCGAGGGGGGCGCCAUUGGCGAGGAGGCCCCGCAGAUGAACUACAUCCAGGUGACACCACAGGAGAAGGAGGCCAUAGAGAGGCUGAAGGCCCUGGGCUUCCCCGAGAGCUUGGUCAUCCAGGCCUACUUUGCCUGUGAGAAGAACGAGAACUUGGCUGCCAACUUCCUCCUGAGUCAGAACUUUGAUGACGAGUGAUGGCUGGGGGAUGGGCCCGCCUGCCCAGCCCCCGCCCCACAAAGUUUUAUAAAAGAAAAGUAUAUAUAUACAUAUAUACAAACACACACACACGUUUAUUUAAGAAGUGGGGAAAAAAACUUAAAAGCCUGAACUAAGAGAAAAAAAAAAUCCUCACCCCAACUUCCCACCCCUAAAAGUGGCCCCUGUUCCCGUCUGGCCUGAAAAGACCCGGCCAGACAUCUGCCCCAUCCUCCGAGGAGCUGGCAGCUCUGGAGGCGACAGAUGGGCCCCUUUGGCCUCUGUCCCAGCUCCCCACAGCCAGAUGGAGAGGCGGCUGCGCGUUCCCCUCCCCCCAGGCCCCAGCCUCCGUCUGAGCGCCCCAAAUUCUUCCAUCUAGGGUGAGCAGGCAGAGGCCCAGGCCCCUUCCCCAGCCUGGCCUUGGCCCCCAGCCCACAUCCCUUUGCUAGGAAGGGGAAGUGGGUAACAUCGAGCCCCCAGAGGCUGACACACCCUUUCGCCAGCAGAGACCUGCCUCUGAGGAAGGUUUGGAAAUGAAUAAAGUUUUAAAAGCCA